AUGCGUACAAGACCGCAAACCACAGAUCUCUACUGGUACGACUUGGGUACGCUAAUUGAAACUCUGAAAUUGGAACGUUUACUGGAUGUUUAUGCUAUCAACAGGAUUGCAAUCGACUUUUUUAACUUCAAUUCCAUCUUUAGACUACCACCCGGUAACCCGCUCGAAGCCACUUUGCAUAACACGGAGGAGACUUGCAUACUAGGUUACUGCCGUCCACCUGGUCAUAAGCGCAAGCCUCAGUCGGAGAGCUGGAAAGUAGGGAUAAUGGUCAUUUCUCCUUUGUGGCCGCAGGCAGACCCCUCACACAUCGAUCGUCUCAUCGAUUGCGCCCAGCUAUGUGGCCUUCAGUCAUUCACCCUCCAAAUGCUCGCGCAGUACUCAGAGCUUUUCGGUUACCUCAUCCCGACGCUCUGUGUGUCGUGGCAUACACGCUCGUCGCCGCCACGGGCUGCCGCAACGUCACACACGGAUGUACCCACCGCUGAUUGGCUUCAGUUUGCUUGGGCGCGGGAGUUGUACACGAUACGGCAUGCUACAGAUGGCCCAUGGGUCUUUCUGCGUAGAUUCUGCACAAUAGGAACUCCACAGCACAAGGUUUUGUCAACGGCCGUUCUUAAUUCCACGCACAAACCGAAAGGGGAAGCGAAUGCUUACCCCGGUCGAAAGGACGACACAGGGCGUGGCGGCUCUGCAAAAAGAGCGCCACCAACAAGGACAAUCAUCGCUCUUGAUCGCCACACCCAAUAUCCCGAAACCGUUUCUCUCUCUGCUAUCCUCCAUCCAACCUAUACUCCGCUCGGCCAUGCGCUCGGAGUUAACCACCAAGGGCUUUCUUUCGAGCUAUUACGAAUCUUGUGCAGCAGCCCAGAGCUGGCCACGAGUAUGAGAAGGGGAAAAGAAGGUCGGAGAAAGCGAGUCGAAGAGGACAUGAGCAAAUGA